AUGGCUUAUAAUCCUUUAUCCUUUGCACAAAAAGAUGCAAGAAAUCCUUAUGGAUCACCAGAUAUUUCAAGACUUAAGAGGAAAUAGUUCCCUUAAGCAAAUAUACACUAUGCACAUCAUGAUUCAGUCUUGCCAUCAAAAGAGCUUAUAUAAAUUUAUGAAUAGUAUGAGAAGAGGUAAAAGACUUAGCAAGUCUAGUAAUUUCCUACUCAAACUGAUGAAAAUCCAGAGCAUUUCUCAUCAGAAUACAAGAAAACAUACUAACUAGGACAACCUGAGUUUUAAGAAUAGAUGAAAUAUAUAACUCCCGGAGAAUAUGCUGGCAAAAAAACAUUUAAAGGCCCUUUAGUAAAUGUAGCUGCUGACACGAGCAAUUGGAUGGAGGAAAAUGGAAAUUACACUAGCAUUUUGGCAAAUCAAGCAUUGAACUAUUAAGAGUAAGAAAAAGAUGAUCAAAAACUUUAUUAUUAGCGCCAAAGUAUACUUCAGAGAAAUAGAUAAUCUCAGUUAAAGCAAUCUGCAGAAUAUCAAAUGAAAAAUUUAGCUGGAAGUUCAUCAAUUGAACGACCUUAUUACAAUCUUAAUUAAGAUCUUGAUAUUUCAAUUAACACUCCUCCAAAGGAAUCUUAAUAUGAGUCUAUUAUUAGAUAAAAUAAGAAUGAAAGACCAGCAGUUAAUCUUAAUUCCUAUUAUCAAAAUUAGUAUAAAGACGCCAUCAACAUGGAAAACUAAUUGGAUAUUCCUAUCUCAGUGAAUAAAAGCAUUGAUUUGCCUAAAAUUAAUGGUCAUUUGAGAAGCUCAUCUAUUUUAAAUGACUCGAGUUCAUCAAAAUAGCAAGACUCUUAGAGACCUGUUAGCAAUAUUAAUCAUAGAAAUCGAUAUGGUAGAAAUAAUUUGGCUUAACCUGAGUCAAAAAAGUAGGCUCAUUCCUCAUUAAAUCAAAUUAAUGAGCCUUAUAUUAAAAAAGAAGCAGAAAACUCAUAAGGUAGCGCAUUAUUUACUGAGCAAGAGAGAUAUUUAACAAGACUAAGAGGUUCAAUAGAAAGAUAAUCAUAACUCUAUCAAAAUUAGGCACGACUUUUGCCUACUAGUAAUUAAAGAGCUACCUCUAUUUAUAAAUUAGACUAAAUAAGCAAUACAGAUAUCGGUUUAAGCAAUAACAAUAUCAAUCGAUACAAGAGUCAGCUAAAUGGAGGAAAUAAAAGACAUAUGAAUCUUAAUCAAAGUGUAAAUGUCCAAGGUAUAUCUCAACUUAGUAACAGUUUAUUAUGA